AUGACGUCCACAGAAAAUCAAAAUAAAGACUCCACAGACAAAGAGGUUCCAAGUCCCUAUUCCGCCAUUCAUAGAGGCCAGAAACCAUGUCAUCGACGCUCUUUUGUUUCUUUGAUAAGACUGACAGUGAUGAGAAGCAACAUCGUCGGAAAGUUUACCCAGAGUGUAAAACGAAUCGUGCAGGAAGUCAAAGAGGAAGGGGUUCCGGCCGACGGCGAGACGCGGGACGACGCCAUCGCCACCAACCACCGCCUCCGCGCCGUCCGCACCCGCAUGGAGGAUUCGUACGACACCGCGCGCUCGGCUCUCCUUACGCUCCACACGCAGUACAAUCAGAGCAAGAGCACGUGGAAUGUGUUCACGCGCUACUCCCUCCUCAAGGCUAUGAUUAAGGAGGUGGUGAGGCUCGAGACGGAAUACUGGCAGCUGCUGGACAUCCCCCGUCAGGAGAAGCAAGAGCCUGUCCUCACGUACGUCCUGCGAGCGUGUGCCAUCGUGGAGAAGAGCCAGCGGUCGCAGGAGCAGGCGGAGAAGGCGCAUCGGGCGGACGAAGACGAGGAGAGAAAGAGAGAAAACGCACAAAGGCUCAACGGGAUGACAACGUCUCAGAUUCUGGAGGAGAACACGAUGCUGACCAACGAACUCUACAGGCAGCUGAGGAAAUACUCUUCACUACGCACUCUCAUGAGGGAACUGAAGGAUGACUACGUCGAGAGCAAAAUGUACCCGAUCAUCCCCAGAUACUUCAUGUUAAAAGAGAUGAUUCACGACGUCAUGCGAGACCCAGCCUUCGUGGAGAUCUGCCACGAAGUCACCCAAGGACCACCGCCACCUGCGACUUAGUAGG